AAAAAAAAAAAAAAAAAAAAACCAGAAUACAAAUCUCAUAUUUACUGUGUAAAAGAAAUAUUCUUCCCAUUACUGAACCUGAUUAAUUUCUGCCCAAGUGAAAAGAAGAAGAAGAAGUAAGGGUGAUGGAAAUCGGUUCCGGCGAAGUCUCCGAUACUCGAUUUCAGCUACAAGUCCUUACUGAAGCAGCCCCCCAGAUCUGAGCGCUUCGUAUUUCCUACUUUGUUAUUAUUAUUAGUAGUUUUAUAUAUUAAACCGUCGGUGUCGGUAAUGCUGGAUUCUACUCUGCUACUAUUGGUCGCCUCCACCUCCUCCUGCCGCCGCGGCGCUACUGCUGGUUCGUCUCCUUUUUCCCUCUUUUUUUUCCCUCCUCCUAUAAGCUCAAAUCCCUCCGUUUGUUUUGUCGUUUUAAUGGAAAUGCAGUUGUUUUAAAUGUGUAUGAUGCUGUUUAUAUCCGCGGAAAUGAUGCUGUUUAAAUCUCUAGUCUUCUUUUUUUUUUUUUUUUCCGUCUUUUUGUUAUUGGUAGUAAUGUUAAAUGACAGACUUGCUGUUUUUAAUGCUAACAAUUUGGUGAAAACAAAGCUUGUUUACUUACAGAAACCUGUGUGAUCUCCAAUGAGACUGAAUUAGGGCUUAAUAUUACUGAGCGAGAACAUAAUGUAUGCACCAGGAAAGACUUGCGACUUUAAUAGGGGAAGUUGUGAACUUCGGAGAAAGGUCUGCGCAAAGAGGUUCCAUGGCAGAUCCUAAGAUGGUUGCUAAUUUUAUUUUUUGUCUCACUUGCGACCAAUGGUAUCACUCGUGCAGAUCCAGCUUCUGUGCCUUUGACUCCGUCUCCUGUUCCUGAGCUGCCUCUACCAGUCACCCUGCCUUUGUUCCACAGAUCAAACCGUAAAAGUUUUUCACCUUUUGUUAAUCCGAGGCUUGGGUUAGAACCAGCUCAGCCUCCUCAUUAUGGACCACUUGUAAGGUCCAAUCAUCCUCCUCCAAGCUCAAGUUUAUCUAAACCAUCAAUGAAGAAUGGUGGGUUGGGGCCCCAUACUGCUGGGCUUGCUCCUCCUCGGCUUGCAGAGAUUGCUCCAGUACAGUCUGGUUCCGGCAGUUUACCAGCUGAUCUGGCCCAACCACCACUUUCCCCUCACGCAUCGAAUUGUUGUGGACCAGAUAUGGUGUCAAAGCGUGAAACUCAUGGUUGCCAUUGUGUAUAUCCAAUUAAGCUUGACCUUCUCCUCUUGAAUGUCUCAUCUAACCCAAAUUGGAAUCUCUUUUUAAAUGAACUUGCAACUCAAUUAGGUCUGGGAGUUCCUCAGAUCGAGCUUAUUAACUUUUACGUGCUUGGUUUAUCAACUCUUAACAUAUCAAUGGAUGUAACUCCAUAUAAGGGCCUUAGCUUCUCUUCCCAGGAAGCCGCUCGAAUAAACUCUUCACUGGCUUUGCAUCGAGUCCGUCUAGACCCUGCGUUGGUGGGUGACUACCAACUUCUGAAUCUUACCUGGUUCAAGCCUCUGGCACCAUCUCAAGCUCCAAUUUCUGCAACCCCACCGGUGGAAGCAUCGCCAAAAUUGGCUUCACCUCCGGCUGCAUUGGUCCCUUCAAGCAAGGGAAACCAUUCAGGCUUAGUUCUUAUAAUUGGCAUUGGCGCUGGAAUCCUAAUCAUUGCUAUUAUUUCCUUGCUUAUAAUUUGUCACUGUGCAUCUCAUAGUCGGAAGAAGAGGAAAUCUAUCAAUGAACAUGCAAAAAUGAGGGCUGUUGGUGCAGUUCCCUUAGCUGGAUCUAUCCCUCAUCCUCAUCCAACUAGUACGAGGUUUUUGGCUUACGAAGAACUUAGAGAAGCGACAAACAACUUUGAAACUGCCAGCUUACUCGGGGAAGGUGGUUUCGGUCGAGUUUUCAAGGGUGUACUCAGUGAUGGAACUGCUGUAGCUAUAAAGAGGCUUACCAGUGGAGGCCAGCAAGGAGAUAAAGAAUUUCUAGUUGAGGUUGAGAUGCUAAGCAGGCUCCAUCAUCGUAAUCUAGUGAAGCUCAUAGGUUACUAUAGCAAUCGGGAUUCUUCGCAAAAUCUUCUUUGCUAUGAGCUUGUCCCAAAUGGAAGUUUGGAGUCCUGGCUGCAUGGCCCCUUAGGCGUGAACUGCCCUCUGGAUUGGGACACUAGAAUGAAGAUCGCACUCGAUGCGGCGCGAGGGCUUGCUUAUCUACAUGAAGACUCACAGCCUUGUGUCAUUCAUAGAGACUUCAAGGCAUCCAACAUAUUGCUCGAGAAUGACUUUCACGCUAAAGUUGCCGAUUUUGGUCUUGCGAAGCAGGCCCCAGAAGGCAGGGUGAACUAUUUGUCUACGCGUGUCAUGGGAACUUUCGGAUAUGUAGCGCCCGAAUAUGCUAUGACUGGCCACCUAUUGGUCAAAAGUGAUGUAUACAGCUAUGGGGUGGUGCUCCUUGAACUGUUGACUGGAAGGAAACCUGUGGAUAUGUCACAACCAUCGGGACAGGAGAAUCUCGUUACUUGGGCCCGUCCAAUUCUAAGAGAUAAGGAUCGGUUGGAAGAGCUUGUUGAUCCUACGCUUGGUGGCAACUACCCGGUUGAGGAUUAUGUUCGGGUUUGCACAAUUGCAGCGGCUUGUGUCGCCCCCGAGGCAAGUCAACGACCUACUAUGGGCGAGGUGGUUCAGUCACUGAAAAUGGUGCAACGCGUGGCGGAGUAUCAAGAUCCUUCUCUAACUUCCAACAAUCGGCCAAACCCGAAUCUCAGGCAGUCAUCUACCACCCUCGAAUCAGAUGGUACGUCGUCAAUCUUCUCUUCCGGCCCUUACUCCGGUCUGAGUGGAUUUGAAAAUGAUAACAUCUCGCGGACAGCUGUAUUUUCCGAAGAUCUUCACGAAGGACGGUAAAUAUUUUUUCCCCAUUGUCCUACGAGUUCAUUCUGAAGAUGAUGCUAUGUUCCCCAAGAUUUUGAGCCUGGUAGUUACUUAGAGACAUCUUUCGGCGAUGUUACUAUUACUUUUUCUUUUUGUGCAAUUAUUAGAUGGAUAUGGAAAAUGAUUCAAUUUGUAGCUACUUUAGUUGUUAGGUUUUGGUGCAGUCCCUUGUUUUCAUCCUCGUAGAGGAGAGAACCACCACCAGUUUUGCCCUCUUCCUUUGGUGGUCAUUCUCUGUCAUGGUAAAGAUGAAAAAAGGGUGAAAAUGUAAAUAUUAGUUAUGGGGUGUAUGUUGUACGCUGUAUUAAUCUCCAUAGCCAAAGCAUUCUUGUUGGGGUUUUGAUUUUGUUGGUUCUGAGUUUUGAUUAUGCAUUGUCUCAGUCAUAUUCUCCUGAAACAAGAAUUAUUUCUUCUUUUUUCAACUCUGAAAACUGAAACUACUUUGUGGUGGA